CUGGAGUAGCCAGCGGCGGCUGCAGCUGCAGGUGGGGCGGGGGCCGCGCGAGCCCAGAGAUCCCAGCACACGCGGCCAGACGGCGGGACUGCAGCCCGGGGCAGCCAGGACGCGCCUCUCCAUCCUGAAGCUUCUGGAAUAUCAAGGCCUGGUGACCCCAAGAAGCAAUUUCUGGUAGAAAUCUGAAGAUUCUCUUUUCGGGGGGGAAAAAAGUCAAUGAAUUAAGGACAAGAAGGUUUCCAAUCAGUCCCUGCUAUGUGGAUAUUUGUUAGCAAUGACUGAUGUGGAAACUACAUAUGCAGAUUUUAUUGCUUCAGGAAGAACAGGUAGAAGAAAUGCAAUACAUGAUAUCCUGGUUUCCUCUGCAAGUGGCAACAGCAAUGAAUUAGCCUUGAAAUUAGCAGGUCUUGAUAUCAACAAGACAGAAGGUGAAGAUGAUGGACAGAGAAGCUCCACAGAACAAAGUGGGGAAGCCCAAGGAGAAGCCGCCAAAUCUGAAAGCUAACACUCCAUUCUGACCUUCACCAACACCUGACAAUGUGGCGAAUCUCCUGGCGUUGCUCGGAUGUAUUUGCUGCCAUGGGUGAAAAGGAGGGGAAGAAAAUGGCUGCGCUGCAUGGCAAGAAGCUGUUCGUUGCCAUGUUAAAAGGGGGGCCCAGCCUGUGUCUGCAGACAGCCUUUUCCCUACCUCUGUCAUUAGCAAUGGUUGAAAUCACCUGGCCUGUGCUUGGAUAUCGUUUUCCGUAUGGGUCCUUUCACUUGACCGUAUAAUGAAAUGCUUGUAGAGAGUAGCACCGACCUCGCUGAUGAUUCCUGUAGCAUCUGGCCCCUCAUGAUGUCAGAGGAUUUAAUUGUGUCUAAUUGAAAAGGGUUGGUUGAACCCCAGAGUUUAACUAUCUCUGGCUGGAGUAGUCACCCAGUAAAAGAACCAUCCAGAGAGCACUGUUAGCAUUCUGUCCCUGUGUGUUAGUGCUGUGUUAUUUACACUGUUUCGUAUCGUACAGUAGACCUGCUCAGCACUGCCCUUUGAUUGCUUGUGUAAAACAAAGUGAUAUACAUUACUGUGAAUUUUUAUACCACUCAUUUUUUAAAGGGCUGCCUUUUUAAUUUUCCAUAGUGUUGUGGCGUGCACAGGGAAGAACAUACUUUUGUAAAACACUACUUUCCUCUUGAUAACUGUGCUGACAAUGAAGUCCACCAGAGUCCCCGAGAGCCCUUUGCUUUAUUACACAGGCAUUUGGAGAUAUCCAUUAAUGUGAAUAUUGCCUGAGUUCAGUCUUCUCAGUACCUGCACAGCCAAGAAUUCUGUCUAUCAAUAUUGAUUUUAUUUCUAAACGAGAAGGUAUUUCAAUGAAUUUUAAUUUUUCAUACUAAGAAUUUUUAAAAAUUGAGAAAGUGGAAAAAAGAAAGCCAGAUAAUUCUAAUAACUGGAAAUACUGUGCUCUGUGGAUCAGUUUUGUCACACUGAUGUGUGCCAUUGUUUAAAUCUGGAGGAUGGUUCAUGAAGAAAGUACUCUCCUCCCCACCCUGUGGGGGACAGUCCAAAACAUGAAGCCCUGUCUUGUGUUCUACCAUGUCCUUUUUCAGCCCUUUAAUAUCCAGAUGUUAUUAUGCACUUUUUAAUGUUUGUAAACUUUUACUAAUAAUUAGUGUGACUUGCAUUCUGAUACAAUAAUUAUCACCUAACCACACUUUUACUGAUGCUGUUGAUGGCCUAUGGUGUGUUUUUGACAUCGUGAUUCUUGUAUGGAAAAUUGUUGUGGCCUGUGUAAUCCUUCUGGUCAGUAUUAUGAAACCAACUGUCUGUGGUAAUAAAUAAGGAUUCAGUAAGAUGCCCAAGGUUCAUGAACUGUGGGACAAAUAACAGAUGACAACAAAAGAUCCCCUAAGUGUCCUGGAGGACACAGCUACAGUUCCAGGGUAAGUAGAGAGCAGUGUUUCAACAUGCUGUCUGUGAGGCUGACAGGAACUCGCCCUGUCUCUGUAGAUGUUCACAAGGUGGAAGGUAUGUCCGAUCAUAUCUUCCUUUACAGUGCAUUUUUUACUGACUGAGAGGACAUGAGUCUAAUUUAGUCCCCAAAUGGAUGUUUUCCAGAAAAACAAGGAAUGUUAAGUAUGACUUUCUGGAUAUAGAACAACAAACAGAUUAAGUAUGGAGGCCUUGCUUUGAUCUAACUCAUUGGAGGCUAGUUAGGAGUGAAACAAAGCUAUCUAUUGAUAGACUCAAACAUGUGAGCAGAAUCUUCUGGGCCACGUUAGACAAUCUUUGAUAAUCUGUUUAAAACAUUCAACAGUUUUCAAUGUCCUUGUUUAAUUAUCCUUAUAGCCUCCUUGUGAAUAUGAAGUUCAUUCUUAAAGUUGUGGAAUUCCAAACUGAUUUCACAUGUGCUUUGUAAAAUUUAAAACCAGUGCUGAGUCUAUGUGGAAGGUUUAUAUCCCUGUGUGAUAUACUAUUACUAAUGCAUGUGGUGCCAUGCUUGUCUUCAAAUAUAUAAGUAGUGCUAAAUGGAGAAGUCAUAUGGAGCUUUUGAUUUUGUUUGGCCUCUUACUCUUUGUGUACUGUAUUCAAACCCAGUGGUAUUCUCAAGCUGGAAAGGAAAAAAAAAAAUCAACAUUCUCAAUCUCCCACAUUGUAUCAAUUUUGUUUGGCAAAAGUGCAUAGAAUCUCCUAAUUUUCAUUUAAUAUCUGUUAUUUGCAAGUAAAUAAUAAUGCAUAGGGAAUGAAUCUGUAACGACAGACAGAAGAGUAGGCAGCCCAAACAAGUGCUUGUUAACCACUCCAACUGAGUCACGUCGGAACCCUUUCUUCCAGCUCUUCAAAUGCACCAUUUAGAGUUCAGCCUUUCUCCCCUUCCACACAUUGGGAAGUGAACAUGAAUAAGGACUGAUUUUUGCAAGAUUAGAAAGCUAAUUUGAGCCCAUGUUUCUCUAUCAACAGAAUUUAUUCCACAUGUCAUAAAAUUAAAGCUAAUUACACAGCGUGUUUCUCUGUAUAGAAAAUGUUAGUGAUGCAUUCGCUCAGCUUGUGUUUUACAAAGAAGAACCGUGAGUUUCAAAAGGGACUUGCCUUUCUUGUGAUUUGCAAAUGAAUCAAUAACACAUGUGGCUAAGCCCACUUUUAUUUUUGUUUUAUGUUUUUCUUUUUAAAAUAUUCAAUUAUAGCUUAUUUUGAGAGUUUACUUCUGGCAUGUAAACUGAAAAUUUACAUAGGUUUAUGUUAUAAAUGUGUAUCAAUAUUCUAUGCUUUUUUAUUUAAUUACCGAGAAACGCAAAGAUUUCGGUUUUUGAUACAUUAAUGAUGAGUGAGAAGUUGUUGAAUUUACCUUUUUUCAACCGAGAGCAUUUUUAUGUCAAUGCAUGUUCAUCUCGAGUUCACAGAAAUGCUCUCGACUCUGUACAAGAAAUCACAAAAUUCAUUUUUCAGGGAAUCCUAACACAGCAGCCCACUGUUGAUGUCCUACCACUGAAUCUUCCUCAGACAUGGCAUCAAGGUACCAUUUUAGAAAAUGAAUGGCAUUUCUAUUUCUUCUCAGAGAAAUAAUAAAAGAAAAAAGAUGUAACUGUUGGGCAGCAAGCUUCUGAGUUAAUCCUGCAGUAGUAAGAAGAAAAUGUGUAGUCAUUAAAUGAAAAGAAGAAAGGAUCCAUAACUGAUGAUGUCUUAGAAGCCCUGCAUUGUUCUUUGACUGAAGAAUGGCAGCCUUGGAAGUCAUUUGUGAGCUUCUAUGACUUUUGUAUUUAGCAAUGUUGCAUGCUCACACAAUUGAUAUUAAAAGCAGCACUUGUUUUCUGAAA